AUGGCGUCUGUCCCGGCGGAGAAUACUGAAUUAAAAGAGGAGGGAAUGGUCGACUUAGCCACUGAUCUGGCCCAGGAUCCCAAUUCCAAGGUCAACCCAGAAAUUGUCGAGGAGGCGCUCGUGAGGGAGACUCGGGAAGCCGGAGCUCCGGCAUACCAAUUCGAUCCCAAUGCUUCACCAGAGGACAAGGCUGCCGCGGCUCAAGCGCGGUUGCCAAAGGAUUUCCAUCAUGACAGCAAGCCAGCGGGAAUUGCGGUGCAAACAGACAAGGAUGGUGGAAAAUCCUACGCUCUACCCCCGCCAGUCUCAGCAACCGCUCUUAUCGCCGAGGAUGCCAAUGCGCCCGAGGGACAGAAAGGGGAUAUGGAAGAGGACAUGAGGUGGGCGCGUGACCGCACUGGUUGGGCGCCCAAGUUUCACGUAGAGAAGACCGAUGAGGAGCUGGCAGAGGGCACAUUGCUCGACCACCAGACCUUUUUGGAGGGCCGCAUCUCGGAUAAGUUCUACGGUGACUGGUACCACAAUGCCGGUGUCAUUGCAUUUGCCUGUCUCAGCUCGUGGCUUGUGGCUACUUUCGGCGGUGGUAUCGGCUGGGUACUGAUGGUGAUGGCGGCAUGCAGUACCUACUACCGCACCUCGCUACGUCGAGUGCGGCGCAAUUUUCGUGACGAUAUUAAUCGAGAAAUGGCAAAGGCUCGCCUGGAGACUGACCAUGAAAGUCUUGAGUGGAUCAACAGCUUCCUUGUCAAGUUCUGGCCUAUCUAUGCCCCGGUUCUUUGCGACACCAUUAUCAGCACUGUCGACCAGGUGCUGAGUACCUCGACCCCCGCCUUUCUGGACAGUCUGCGCCUGAAGACUUUCGUUCUGGGUACCAAGCCCCCGCGUCUUGAGCAUGUCAAGACUUACCCUAAGACCGAGCCUGAUACCGUCAUCAUGGACUGGAAAUUCAGCUUCACUCCCAACGAUAUCAUGGAUUUGACCGCGCGUCAGCUCAAGGACAAGAUCAACCCCAAGAUUGUCCUGGAGGUUCGCGUGGGUAAGGGUGUGCUCAGCAAGGGUCUGGAUGUGAUUGUUGAGGACAUGGCCUGCUCGGGCUUGAUGCGCGUCAAGGUUAAGCUGCAGCUCGCCUUCCCGCACAUCGAGCGUGUGGAUGUUUGCUUCUUGGACAAGCCUGAGUUUGAUUACGUCUGUAAGCCGCUUGGAGGUGAUCUCCUUGGUUUCGAUAUCAACUUCAUUCCUGGUCUGGAGAACUUCAUCAAGGAGCAGAUCCACAAUAACCUUGGACCCAUGAUGUACGACCCGAACGUCUUCCCGAUUGAGAUUGCCAAGAUGCUUGCUGGAAACCCCGUCGAUCAAGCCAUUGGUGUUGUCGCUGUCACAUUGCACGGUGCUAGUCAGCUCAAGAACCCUGAUAAGUUCGCUGGCACUCCCGAUCCUUACGCUGUGGUGUCUUUGAAUGGACGAACGGAGCUGGGUCGCACCAAGGUUGUCAACGACAACGACAGUCCUCGCUGGAACGAAACUAUCUAUGUUAUUAUCACUUCCUACACCGACGCAUUGUCUAUCAAGGUCUUUGAUUGGAAUGAGUUCCGCAAGGACAAGGAACUUGGUGUUGCUUCUUUCGGAUUGGACAAGCUUGAGGCAGAGCCGACACACGAGGGCGUCUUCCUGGAGGUCCUCUCUAGUGGCCGUCACCGUGGUGCUGUCCAGGCAGAUAUUCGCUUCUUCCCCGUUAUGGAAGGUAGAAAACUGGAGAGUGGUGAGACUGAGCCUCCACCAGAGUUGAACACCGGUAUCGCGCAAUUCACUGUCGAGCAGGCCAAGGAUCUUGAUGGCUCCAAGGGCUUGGUUGGAAAGCUGAACCCCUAUGGUAUUCUGCUGCUGAACGGGAAGGAGAUCCACACUACGAAGAUUCUGAAGCGGACCAACAACCCCAUCUUCCAGGAUGCUUCCAAAGAGUUCUUGGUCACAGAUCGCAAGAACGCCAAGCUGGGUCUGAUCAUCAAGGACCACACUGAUCUGAUGGCCGACCCGAUCCUUGGUCGUUACCAAAUCAAGAUGAACGACUUAAUCAAGAUGCAGGAGCAAGGCAAGCAAUGGUUCCACCUCCAUGGAGCCAAGGCUGGACGGGCCAAAUUAGUCCUGGAUUGGAAGCCGGUUGCCCUGGGAAGUAUCGCUGGUGGCGCUGGCUACAUUGACCCGAUUGGUGUGAUGCGCUUCCACUUCAAGCGUGCCACUGAUCUGCGCAACCUGGAGGCCAUGGGCAAGUCUGACCCGUACGCCCGUGUACUGUUGUCUGGAUUGACAAAGGGUCGCACUGUGACUUUCCGGAACAACUUGAACCCCGAAUGGGACGAGGUUGUGUAUGUUCCUAUUCGCAGCGCUCGCGAGAAGCUGAGCGUGGAGGUCAUGGAUGAAGAGACCAUCAACAAGGACCGUACUCUCGGCUUUGUUGAGCUGAAUGCGUCUGACUUUGUUCAUGAGAACGAGGCCGGCGAGUAUGAGAUUGAUGAUGAGAAGCAGCUGAUUACCAGUGAUCUCCACAUCGGCAACGGCCCGAACAAGGGUCGGAUCACCUAUACUGUUUCCUUCUUCCCUAGUGUUCCGGUGGUGAACCCUGAGGAUGAAGCCGACGAAGAGGAGGAAGCGAAAGAGGCAAAGGAGGGUGACGCUGAGGUUCCCGCCACGCCCAUCAAGGCCACCCACUCCAAGACUGCUAGCGUGUCCUCGAGGGCUUCCAAGGGCUUGUCCAAUGGAGCGGCUACCAACGGUACCUCGAAUGGGGAGCCAACCACCAAUGGCCGUGCCAGUCUUGAGACUAGUCUUUCUCGCACCCUCACUGGUCGCGACUCUGAGACCGCAUCUGUGCGGUCCAUGAAGGAAAUCCCUAGGACCUACGUCGGAGCGGAUGAUCUCGGCAAAUACGAGUCUGGCUUCCUCGUCUUCAAGUUCCAUGAGGGCAAGCUGGCUCACAGCAACGUGCAACUGGAGGUUAUGAUUGAUGACUACAUGUUCCCUGCCUACACUUCGCCUAAGAUCCACUCGCAGACUGUGAAGACAGCGGAUAUUGGUGAGGCCUUUGUGCGUGAGCUGGAAUUCUCCAAGCUCACUCUGCGCUUGGUCAACAAGGAUGAUCCCAAGGAUUCUAGCGAAGAGCACACCGUUGCGAAGCUGACUGGUGAUACUCUACCAACUCUGCAGCGUAUCCUGUAUACCCCUACCGAACUUGUCCUUCGCUCCAACUCCGGCGAGGUGAGCAAGGUCACCGUGAGCGCUCGCUACAUCCCUGUGCAGAUGAAGCUUGACCCCAGGGAGAGCAUCAACAACAUGGGUACCUUGCGUGUUGAUGUUCUGGAUGCCGCGGAUCUGCCCUCGGCCGACCGAAACGGAUUCAGCGAUCCCUACUGCAAGUUCCGCAUCGGCGAGGACAACAAGGACGUAUACAAGACCAAGGUCCAGAAGAAGACUCUCCACCCAGCCUGGAACGAGUUCUUCGAGAUCCCCAUCUCUUCUCGUAUUGGUGCGAACUUCCACGUCGACGUGUACGACUGGGACUUUGGUGACUCGGCCGAUUGGUUGGGUGCUGCCCCGAUCGAUCUUGAAGCUUUAGAACCAUUCCAGGCCCAAGAGAUAACUCUGCCUCUGAACGGCAAGUCGGGUGUUAUCCGACUGAAGCUCCUCUUCAAGUCUAACUACGUAACUCGAUCUCGCCAGGGCUCUGCCACUUUCUCGGGCACCUUCGCCAUGCCCGGCAAGAUUGUCGGUGCCCCGGUCAAGGGUGUUGGAUUUGUUGGUGGUAACGUGGUCCGUGGUGCCUCAUUCCUGAAGCACGGUGUCAUGUCCCGCAUCCACAAGAACAAGCCAAGUGAUGCCGAUGCUAUGUCCGUGGCUGAAAGCACCGUUGAAGAGAACCACGGUACGGCAGGUGGCUUGUCUCCAUCCGCCGCUCUGGUGGAUCAUAACCCCGGGUCUAUCACCCCCACGAGGGAGCACAGCCGCAACCGUAGCACUGUUUCCCAAUUUGGUGACAACCUCAGCGUAAUUGGUGGCGCCGGCCGUGGUGAUACAGGGACUGCCCUUAUCACCAUCGUCUCGGCAUCAAACUUCCCCCCAAACGCUAACCUGCGGGUGAUUGUUCGCGCCCAGGGUUCCAAGGGCAUGAAGGAACUACACAAGACCAAGGCCCACAAGGCUAGCGGUGAUACAGUGACCUUCGAAGACACCUUCAAGGUCCCACACGCGCUCGCCGACGCGCUCUACCAAGUCCGCGUCGUCAACCACUCCACCUUUGGCUCCGACGAUGUCUUCGGAGAAGCACCAUUCCCCGUGUCUGACCAGGGGUCAGAUGCCAACCAGGACAAGGCUAUCACAGUUGGUUCCGGCUCCGUGGUGAUUCGAUCUAGUUUCACUCCCUCGGAGUCCAGCUUGCGUCCUACCACCUCGCAUUCCACCGCCGGUGUUGAAGAAGGAUCCGAGAGUCCAGACUCCCGCAAGCCGUCUCGCCGCAGCUUCCUCGGCAAGCGGAAUGUCAGUGGUGUUUAA